AGAAUCAAUCCUUAACAAAAGAAGCAUAACGCAAAUUAACAAGUAUAUACAAAAUGAUUUCUUCCUGGAGAAAGCGAAUAGCUGGCCGCCGUGCUGCUGCUAAGAACGGAGACCUGGAGCUGGAGGAGCUGAUGAUACCCAGCCACUUUCGAUGCCCGAUAUCUCUAGAGUUGAUGAAAGAUCCGGUCACGUUGGCGACGGGGAUUACGUACGACCGCCAGAGCAUUGAGACGUGGAUUGACGGCGGGAACCAGACCUGUCCCAUUACUAACCAGCAGUUGAGAAAUCUCGACCCAAUACCGAACCACACGUUGAGGAAGAUGGUACAGGAUUGGUGCGUUGAGAAUCAAUCCUACGGCAUUGAGAGGAUCCCCACGCCGCGGAUUCCCACCAGCUCGGCGCAGGUUUCAGAAAUUCUCUCCAAGAUUACGACGGCAAGUAAACGCGGAGACCAGGCCGGCUGCCGGGAGUUGGCGGCGAAGAUCAAGGCGUUGGGGAAGGAGAGCGACCGCAACAAGCGGUGCAUUGCGGCAAAUAGAGCCGGCAGCGUUCUGUCGGCCGCGUUUGAAUCUUUCUCGAGAUCCGCGUCGUUCGACACAAACGGUGCCGUGUUGGAGGAAAUCUUGUCGGGUUUGACACUGCUUUUCCCGCUCGACGAACAGGCCAAGUCUAAUCUUGGGUCGGCUGCUUCGUUGCAUUGCAUGGUAUGGUUUUUGAAGGGCGGAGAUUUGUCGGCGAGAAGGAACGCGGUUUUGGCGUUAAAAGAGCUUCUUCUUGAAUCAGACGCAUUGGCGGAGAUUGAAGGAGCUUUAGAAGCACUGGUGAAGCUGAUCAAAGAACCCAUUUGCCCCACUGCCACAAAAGCUUCAUUGAUGGUGAUAUAUCACAUGGUUAACAGUUCCUCCUCGUACGAUCAAAACGAGACAAACAGAGAAAGAUUUGCGGACAUGGGUUUGGUCUCAUUGCUGCUGGAGAAACUUGUGGACAGCGAAAGAAGCGUAUGCGAGAAGGCGAUGGGCGUUCUUGACGGAAUAUGCAGCGGAGAAAAAGGUAGAGAAAAGGCCUACAGCCAUGCUUUGACAGUGCCGGUUCUAGUCAAGAAGUUGUUGCGCGUAUCGGAUUUCACAACCGAGUUCUCGGUUUCCAUCCUAUGGAAGCUCUGGAAGAAUGAAAAGAGGGAGCAUGAAGUAGGAGGAAGAGUUCUUCUUGUUGAAGCUCUUCAAGUGGGUGCUUUUCAGAAGCUUCUGUUGCUCUUGCAAGUUGGAUGUACGGAGAGAACGAGGGAGAAGGCAACGGAGCUGUUGAAAGCGAUGAAUCUUCACAAGGAUCGGUUGGAGUUGGAGUGCAUUGAUUCCAUGGAUUUUAAGGAUAUCAAAAGGCAAUUUUAAUAACUAAUAAUUAUGGGUGUUAAUCAUUUUUUCAAUGUAAUGUAUAUAAUACGAUUUUUUUUUAAUUUUCAAAUUGAAAGAAAAGGGAAUGAAUUAUAUGGUCUAUAUCCAAGUUUUGAA